AUGCGCCGCCGCCUCUGGCUGGGCCUGGUCUGGCUGCUGCUGGCUCGGGCACCGGGUGCCCCGGGCGGGUACCCGCAUCUGGAGGGCGACGUACGCUGGCGACGCCUCUUCUCCUCCACCCACUUCUUCCUGCGAGUGGACCCCGGUGGCCGGGUGGAGGGGACGCGCUGGCGGCAUGGCCAGGACAGCAUUGUCGAGAUCCGCUCCGUCCACGUGGGCACCGUGGUGAUCAAGGCUGUGUACUCAGGCUUCUACGUGGCCAUGGAUCGCAGAGGCCGCCUCUACGGGUCGGUUCCGAGAACGCAUCGAGGAGAACGGCUACAACACAUAUGCCUCACGACGCUGGCGGCACCACGGCCGCCCUAUGUUCCUGGCACUGGACGGCCAGGGCAUUCCCCGGCAAGGUGGACAGACACGGCGGCACCAACUGUCCACACACUUCCUGCCGGUGCUGGUGUCGUCUUGAAGGGCUUGCUGGUUAAGGAAGCAUGCACAGCAGAGGGGGCUGGAAGAUCUGGAGUUGGUCAGCAGGGGUCCAGGCCAGAGAUCCUGGACCUACAUGGGUGUCUGCUAGCUGCCAGGCAUGGAGAUAUGGCAGGGUCCCUAUAGGGCAGGCCAACUCUCAGGGGAUACACAAAAUUGGCAGUUUCCACACAUCUAGUCUGGAGGUGAGGACACUGCUGAGCUCAGGCUGACAAGUGCUCUGGGCACAGCAUGGAGACUUGGAGGUGGGGACACACCAGGUGGCUAGGGGCCAGAGAGGGUGGACACCUAUUGUCCCAUGUGGUCAGAGUAGGGGACCGGAGCCAAGAGCAUUUCUAUUUCUUGCUCUUCCAGGGGGACUAAGCUUAGUUCUCACUCACAAUCACCUGUAUGCCCGCCCCACUCCAGAGGAUCCGACUCUUUUCUGACCUCUGCAGGUACCUGCACUCAUGUGCACAUACCCUGCUUCCCAUACACCUAAGAUCACAC